GCUAGAGCCGCGGUGCGCAUGCGCCCGAGGGGGUCGUCGAAGAAUCCAGUAAACAGAAGCCUGGAGCACGAGCAGAGUGUCGGCGUGACGUCACGGCCCCAGAGCUCGAGCUCGGGCUGGACUGUAAGCGCGAGCCUCAGACGGAGGCGCGCGGCGGCAGCUCCGGACGGUGCGACUCACCGCUUUCUACCGGAAAACACCGCGAUUUAUUUACUAUUAUUGGCUGUUUAUUCCCUCCAGCGACGUAAACAAACCGAGGGACGUUUCUGGGGAGAGUCUCUGCUCCGUUCCGGGUCUCCAACAUGUCCUCCGCGGCUGUGGCUGCCUCCAGACGGCAGUCCUGCUACCUGUGUGAUCUGCCCCGCAUGCCGUGGGCGAUGAUCUGGGACUUUACCGAGCCGGUCUGUCGCGGAUGUGUCAACUACGAGGGCGCCGACCGGAUCGAGUUCGUUAUCGAGACGGCGCGGCAGCUGAAGAGGGCGCACGGCUUCCAGGACGGCCGCUCUCCGGGGCCGGGGAAGCCCCACCACGCCGGGAAAGAGCUCAACCACUCGGCCGGAGAGCCGGGCUCCCGUCCGCCGCAGCCGCUGGACCGCUACCCGCUGUCCGACCGGCCGCCCCGGCUGGGACCGGAGUACCAGGCGGUGGCGGGGAGGCAGGCGAACGGCCUCCCGCUGCCGAACGGGUUCCCAAAACCCGACGAGCCUCCGGAGCUGAACCGCCAGAGCCCGAACCCCCGCAGGACUAGCACGGUGCCUCCCAACCUGGUGCCGCUGGUCAACGGCGGCAUACACCAGCUGAACGGCCGCGCUGCGAUGGGUCUGCCCGGGGUGCUGGCCGCGCCCGGCCCCGGGGAGCAUGGCAAGCGGCCGGAGGAGCUCAAAGACAAACACAGGCCGGACAACCUGUCGGACAUGUCGGACAGCCACAAGGAGUGGAUCGGCAAAGGCAAAACCGUCCGGGACCUGAUGGCGCUGCACACCUUCGACAGCAGGUUCAAGAAGGAGCACGCGGCCAUGCAGCGGGUGAUGGGCUACGACACGAGCGCCACUUCCUCAAAAACAGACCGGGGGAAGCACCCGCGCAGCACAAAGAGGAAGGCCUCCCCGGAGCCCGAAGCCGAGGGCAGCGCCCCCAAGAUGAACGGCAGUGAGGGGCAGCCGUGGCUCCCGUCGCCCUCAGAGGUCCUGAAGAUGCCCCCUGCGGCCCUGCCAGGCUUCUCAGCCGCCCCCUCCUCCACCAUCUCCCCCCACUCCCGCACCACGCCCCCCGAGGCCGCCACGGCGCAGAACGGCCAGUCCCCCAUGGCGGCGCUCAUCCUUGCCACGGACAACGCGGGCAGCACGGGCUCCCCCAAGGACGCCAACCAGGUACACUCCACCACGGCGGGCGCGCGGCGGAACAGCGGCAGCCCCCUUUCACCGUCCUCGGCCUCUCAGAGGAGGCUGGCCCAGAGGGAGGGGCCCGUCAGCGCUGCCCCCCACGCGCCCGGGGCCUUGGACCCCCACGCGCCGCCCCUGCAGAGCAUCCCAGACUCUUCCGUCCCACCGGGCAGCGUGCCGCUGUGCUGCACCCUGUGCCACGAGCGGCUGGAGGACACUCACUUCGUCCAGUGCCCGUCAGUGCCCUCGCACAAGUUCUGCUUCCCCUGCUCCCGGGAGAGCAUCAAGCAGCAGGGCGCCACAGGUGAGGUGUACUGCCCCAGCGGCGAGCGGUGCCCGCUGGUGGGCUCCAACGUGCCCUGGGCCUUCAUGCAGGGCGAAAUAGCCACCAUCUUGGCCGGGGACAUAAAGGUAAAAAAGGAGAGGGACCCUUAAAAUGUUCAGCAGCUGGUUUUUCUUGAACUCUUUUCCUUUUUCUAACCCAACGGCGACCGCAGCAGGACAUAAAAGCCCCGACAUAAAGCACCCAGACGCCCCUCAGACUGAUGUACAUACUGGACACAAGGGAAGUGUAAACUUCGUAAACAUGGCUGUAUAAUUUUUUUUGAUUUUUCUUUUUCAAUACAUUGUGUUUCUAUAUUUUUGAAGAUACAAAGGUAUGUACUCCUUUAUAACAGCCCCCCUCCCCCAUCACACUUUGUUUCUUUUCGAUCUGUUGGUGUACUUUAGGUCUGGAGACGGUCCUGUCAAUCAUAGAAUGUGACUAAUCUGAGCACUUGGCAGAAAAAUAAUUAAAAAAACAAAAAGAAAAAAUGCUUCUAGCUGUACAUGUAUGCACUUGUUUAAGAAAAAAAAAUUGCCAAAUACAGUUUCAGACAUUGUAAUAACA